CAAAAAUCGAGCAAGGCCACUCUCCUCGCACGAAUUCGUCGAUUUGGGACGCUCCGGUGGACCGCGCGUCCCAUCUACUGCCCACUCCACGCUGCCGCCGCGGGGCUGCACGAUGUCAGCCAUGCUCAAGAAGCGCUACGGCCCAUGGGUGGACCAGGGCCCCACGAGCAGCAUAGAUCAUGCGGUGCGCAUGCGCGUGCUGGCCAUUCCCCAGGCGGGCAUGGGCGCGUGGGCGUUCCACGGCUGGCAGGCGGCUCUCCCGGAGACGGUGGAACUGCUACCGGUCGAAUUGCCCGGUCGUAACUCUCGCAUGCUCGAACCGAAGGGCCAGUCGAUGCGCCAGCUCGUCACGGCCCUCGUCGACGCCCUCGCCGAGACGCUGCGCGAGACGCCGUUUGUCGUCUUCGGGCACAGCCUGGGCGCCUGGAUGGCGUACGAGGUCUGCGUCGAGCUCCAGAAGCGGGGCGGGCCGACACCCGUAGGGUUAGUUGUCUCGGGGGCCCGCGCGCCGCAGCUCGCCGAUCCCAAGAACGACGCUGACCGCGUCCAGCCGCGCAUGGCGGACUUGCCGUCCCGAGCGUUCUGGGCGCAUUUUGAAAGACGCUACGGUGCGAAUCCGGACCUGGCGCACGUUGCUGUGAAGGAGCACGUCGAGCCGCUACUGAAGGCGGAUUUUCGAUUGUUCGAAACGUACCAGCCGAGACUCGCCGUCCUGCCGUACGCCGUCGUCGCGUGCGCGGCCGUCGGCGACGACCGCGUGCUGGACUCGCAGCUGGAGGCGUGGCGGGAGCGCUGCGGCGGCGGUUUUGCAAUGCAACGCUUCGACGCGACGUGGCCGCCCUGGGCGACGCCGCACCGCUGGCCCGUCGACGAUCCCAUUGCAUUUCUCGCGUGGUUUGGCCCCUGGUUGUGUUCACAUUAAGAGUAUUACUUGUCACGGGGGCACAU